UUUUCGUUUACUUAACAGUUUUUGUAGCUCACUUGGACCUGCAGCAAUAUAUCACUAAUAUUCUAUCAAAUCAGGAAGCCCACUUUGAAUUGAGUGCCACCAUGAAAUGGUCCAAAGCAAUAUCUAUUGGUAAAUCAAAGCAGCAAGCUGGUGACACUAAAAAUGCAAUAAAACAAUUCAAAAAAGCCCUAGUGAUUGCCCAAAACAAAGGCUGUAAAAAGGAAAAAGCCAAUACACUUGAGCGACUGGGCAAUGCUUACUUUUCAAUUGAAAGUUAUCGAGAAGCUGUUGAUUAUUAUGAGAAGGGAUUGGAAAUAGCUCAAGAGAUUGGUGAAAAGAAACUAGAGUGUGAGAUUUGUCAUGGUAUUGGAGWAGCUUGCAGCGAACUGGGAGAUUACGAGCAAAGUCUGAAGUAUAUGAAACAAGGCUUUGUUGCUGCAUUAAGAAUUGAUSACAUAAGACUUUUAGCRAUGUCCUACUUUCACCUUGGAUCAACCUACGUAGGCCUUUCGGAUGAUACACGUAGCAUUAAGUGCUUUGAAAAAGCUAUACAUUUGUUUAAAAAUCUGAAUGAUGUGAGAAUGUUAGGGAAAUGUUAUGGUAAUAUGGGAAAGUCAUACCACAACCAGGGAAAUUACCAUGAUGCAAUUUGUAUCUUUGAGGAAAGUCUAAGGAUUAGUGUUGCUUUAGAGGACAAGAAUAAUGAAGCCUUUGCCUUACUUGACUUAGGUCUAUUAUAUGCAAAAUUGAAUGAUAUUGAUAAGGCAACCAAUUUAUACCACAAAAGUCUGGACAUUAUCAAAGAAAUCACUCGCAAAGGUUGCCURGCAUUGUGUUAUUGCAAUAUAGCAUGCAUCCUGAGUAGUUUGGAAAACUACCAAGAAGCUGUUAUUUAUUUUGAAAAAUGUUUCAAGACUGCUAUAGAGGUUGRUAAURAACAAAUGCAGGCAGCAACCAUUUCAAACUUUGGUGCUUGCCUUGAAAAAUUAGAGCGGUUUGAAGAGGCAAAUGAGCUUUAUAACAAGGGUCUUGCCCUUACAAAAGGAUUAAACAACAAAGGUCUAGAAUCGACUCUCCUUUUYAAUAUGACUGAAAUGAAAUUGAAAAUAAAUGAUGUUGAGUCUGCAAGUACAUCGUUAGAGGAAUGCAUUAGUAUUGCUUCUGUUAUAGGCAACAAGGAUCUUGAGAGUAAAACAUGGUCUCUCUUAGCUUUUCACAACCAUGUUAAUUGA